GAGUGACCUAAAAUAACGAUAAGGAUAGGUUCCAUUUUUGGAUGAUCGUGACCGCGAGUGACGUCGCUGCUGAUUGUACAUUACGCUUAAAGAGGUUAUAUCUUCAUACAGUUGUCACGGAACAAUAUUCAAUGGAAUGUAAUGAAAACACACACUUAUAGCUACAUGUUUCUUUAAAGAUUGGGCAAAUAAAAUGUUUGACUCAAAAUAUUCGAUAACCAUUGUGUCCCAGAUGGCGAGACAUAUUUGGAUUGUGCUAUUUGCAGCUAUUUUAGCACAGGCAUGUGCCCUUGAAUGCUACGACUGUCGAAAUGUAACGGAUACAAACACCUGCAACCGAACAAGUACAUGCUCCGCCAAUCAAUCAUGUUUCAUGCAUGCAGCAACGCUGGUUUCUUCGGAAAGAACAUACACUUUGAAUUGCAAAGACAAUAAUCAAUGUCACCCAAACAGUUCGUCCAGUCCUUUGAUUGGUCGAUCUGGUGAGUCCCAAGAAUCAUCAUCUACCAAACGCGAUGCUCCGCCUUGUCAUGAAUGUUGCUCCACGCCCCUGUGCAACAAGGCUCUUUGUAAUCACCCGAGGCCAACUAAUUGUGUAGACGAUCCGUCGGUCGAUUGUGCGAAGCUGGAUUCCAUCUUCAACGUGUGCGCUGAUAUUCACAAGGCUAAAUUGGUUUGCCCAAGGUUUUGCAACCUCUGUAACGUGGUCGAUGGAAAUUGGAACUGGUGGUCCUCUUGGAGCGGAUGUGACGUCACGUGCGCUAACGGAAUACAAACCCGUCAUCGCUCUUGCACCGAUCCUGCACCUAAAAAUGGUGGACUCGACUGUUUGGGAACAGGAACUGAGAGUCAGUCGUGCAUCAUGGAAGCUUGUCCUGUUCACGGGGGCUGGAGUCAGUGGUCGCCAUGGGGAUCAUGCUCAGUCACAUGCGAUAUUGGCAUGCAGAGACGCGACAGAUCGUGUGACAACCCAUAUCCGACAAAAAGUGGUGACCAUUGUUUUGGGGAUUCCAGAGACGACCGAAUAUGUCUCACUACAGGAUGCACGAAUGGAAAUUGGUCGGCCUGGGAAAACUGGAGUUCCUGUUCAGCGUCGUGUGGCGGAGGGCGUAAAACUAGAAACAGAGCAUGCAAUAAUCCAUCACCAUCUCUUCUUGGUCGUUACUGUGAUGGACCUCCCCAAGAUGUUGACGUCUGUAACGUUUCUUCGUGCACAGGACUUGACAUAGUAUUUGUUGUUGGUAUACCAGCAAUCAAAGGAUGUGUAUAUAACAAUUCCGACGGAGAAUGUCGUGUGGAAUUUCGUAAUUAUAUUUCACGCCCAAAUGCUCAAUUCGAUCUUCAAACAGCUACUUUCACGGCAGCCAAUUCAGGUUAUUAUUGGUUUGCAUGGACGUUUAUCGGCAAAUGGUUGUCAGCAUAUAAUAACUUAAAAAUGACAUGUUAUCUGAAUAAAAACAACGCUUCAUUGUCGACAAUUUUGCUAGAUAGAAUUUAGACUGUGGCAGAGUCUGGUGUACUCAUAUACAUGUAUUACCACGACACAGUGAAAUUGGAAAAAUGUCAAUAUCACUUCUCCUCGUCUUCCCAUCCUGACCCUGUACUCGACAUGGAAUCCACAUUAACUGGCAUUUUAAUGCAUUUUUAGUGUUGGUAUUACUUUUAAUGAUUGUGUCAUUAUUAAUAAACACGUUGGGAAGUGUAGAAUGAUUUACCUUGCUGUUUAUCUUUUCAAAAUAUUAUUUUUAUUGAAGGUCAUGCAGACACAAUUUUUAAAGCUUCAAAAUUGACAUAAAAACCCAUACUUUUGGUAAAACAAAUCAAUGUGUAAAUAACAUUUAGAUGCCUUCUGUAAAGGACCAACGUUGCACUAGUAUAUCUUCUCGCCUUUUGAUGACCGUGUUAUGCAAUAUUGUCUAUGUAUUGAUGCACUACUUCCAGCUGUUUUAUUAUUUCAGUACAACGAUGUAUUAUUGUACAACGCUUUUGAACAUUAAUUUACUUGUCGAAAUAAGUGUUAAAGAAAAUAAACAAGUUUCAAUAAUACAUUGUAAACCCAAAGCUUUGAUUCACGCUUGUAUCAUGUUUACUAUUAGUGUUGCAUUGUUGUCAUGGAUUGCAUCGAAAUAGGCCCCUUGAUUAAACUGUGUAUGUUCAACAGAAUAUCUCCUGAUAAUGUUUCCAGAGUUAAAAAAUCUUAUAUGUUUGAGGUAUUGUUCCAUUCACUUUAAUUCAUGCAUUUUUAAUUAAGGACUUUACAUAAAUCAGAUUAUAAUAUUA